CCGUUCAUGAGAGAUUGAUCCCUGUGUAACUCCUCCUUACUGUGGGCUAUUCAAUAAUCACUCUUUCUUCAUCACGGGGGAGUUAAGACACGAGCUUUUGACUUUGUCUGUUGCAGCAUGCGUUUCGAAGGCAGUGAUCUCCCCGUAUGGCGUGUGUUGUGAACUCAGCGAUUCGUGGCUGGAUUUUGACCAAAAUGCACCGAGUGGUCGGCACGUUACAGAAAGUGAGGCUGGGCAUUCAUCGGUGCUGGCACAUUACAGCGGCUCCGGAUGGUGUGUUCAGGAGCCGCUCCGGAACUCGCUCUGGUAGCCGGAGCUUCACCAACCUUCCGAGAAACUUUAAAAACUUAGAAAUGGAAAAGAAUAAGUCAUGUCGAGAAUUCAUCGGUGAGGAACAUUUGAAUGCUGAACUAAAAUAUUAUAAAUCUAAAUCACACAAGUACAGUAAACUACAAGACUGGUUUAAAAGGAGAUUGGAAGAAGUGUGCAACCAAUAUGUUUCCAACAGUUACAGUCCCGUGAUACAAAUGAAAGAUUUUGAGUAUUUUGAAGAAGAUGGCUGUAUUUAUAGAAGACAUCAGAAUGGUGAUCAAAUUCCUGAAGUUGUCUUAUCCUUGGAUCAGCUGCAGUUCCUCCGAACAGCGGAAGCUCAAUUUCAACAGAUCAGAGUCUCACCAAAUCAGAAGUAUUUGGCUUCAAGCAUAAGUUCUUCAUCAGAUAAGUCUACUUGUAUUGUGGUCAAGCUUGGUCCUAAGCCAGAGGUGGUGCAUGUUUUGUCAAGAGCAUUUAAUUUUGAAUGGGGUACAGACAAUAGCCUGUUUUACACCAAUUUAGAAAAACUUCGGUCCCAUCAAGUUUUGAAGCUUCUACUUGAAGAUGCAGGUGCAACAUCUGAGAUGGUUUAUAAAGAAAAUGACCCAAGGUUUUUUGUCGAACUGGCUAGCACCAAGGAUGGGAGGUUUAUCACUAUCAAUAGUAACAGCAAGAAUAGCUCAGAGGUCUGGUUAUUUGAUCGGAUGUAUCCACAAAAUAACCCCAGGAUUGUGCAAGAACGGGUCUCUGGUGUAGUAUAUCUUGUGGAACACCAGAGAAAUCAGCUAUAUAUUCUGACAAAUUAUGGUGCGACAGAAGAAUACAGACUGAUGAAAGCACCAAUUUCUUCCCCUGGCAUGAAGAGCUGGCAGACUGUUUAUGAAGUAAAAGAGAGAACAAAAUUACUUGAUAUGGAACUGUUCAAGGAUCACUGCAUUAUGAUAUUGAAGUACUCCGAUCACUUAUAUCUGCAUGUGUUUUCCCUUGAUGAGCCGAGAACUGUUAAGUGCAUCCAGCUCCCAUCUUGGGCCUGUGUCAUUGAGUCUGAGGAUAAUCUAAAGUAUGAGACAAACAAGUUUUCCUUUCGACUGUCCUCUCCAGUACAGCCACCAAUGAGGCUUCUGUAUUCAAUAGAAGAUAAUGAGCUCCAUAUUCAAGAAAAUGGAUUUAAAACAACAAAUAUAAGGGACUAUAAAGUGACUUACUUAAAAGCACCAAGCAUGGAUGGCACUUUGGUACCAAUCACGGUUUUUCAUAAAACACCAUUCAAUAAAAUGAACAAAAAACCUUUGCUAGCCCAUGUGUAUGGAGCUUAUGGCAUCGACUUGAAUGUUGACUUUAAACCAGAACAGAUGGUGCUAUUGGAAGAUGGUUGGAUUUUAGCAUAUUGUCAUGUUAGAGGAGGUGGAGAGUUAGGUUUAAGCUGGCACAAAGCAAGUCAUUUGGACAAGAAGCAAGUGGGUAUAUACGACUUAGAGGCGUGUCUUCAUUAUUUGCACUCAACGGGAUAUUCAAACCCCAGGCGAACUGCUCUCACAGCAAACAGUGCAGGUGGAGUCCUAGCAGGGAGCUUAUGUAAUGUGUCACCUGAUUCCAUCAGAGCUGUUGUUUUACGAGCUCCUUUCCUCGAUGUUCUCAACACCAUGCUAGAUCCUACAUUACCACUCACUAUUGAAGAGCAAGAAGAGUGGGGAGAUCCUUUGUCUGAUCAAAAUAUUUUUAAAUGCAUUCAAGCUUAUUGUCCAUAUCAAAAUAUAAAGCCGCAGAAAUACCCAUCUAUAUUCAUCACCGCCUACGAAGAUGACAACCGUGUGCCAUUGUCAGGGUUGCUAAGAUAUACCAGAAAACUGAGAAAUGUUGUGGCUGUUAAUGCAUGUAAUACAACAGGUGAAUUACCAAACAUAAUUUUGGAUAUCCAACCUGGAGGUGAUCACUUUGGACCAUCUAAAUGGGAAGAAUCAAUACAUGAAGUUGCCAGACAUUAUGCAUUUUUAUAUGAAGAGCUAGAACUUUAAUGUGGAGGCAUCCAUGAAUACUUUUCAUAGGUCUUCAGUACAGCUCACUAACAGAGAACUAAAUACUGACAUGAAUUUAGAGAAAAAUAAAUCUUUGGAAUAAUUGCAAUUAAAGUCUAAAUUUAUGGAUUUCAUCCUUUUGUGUUUGAAUUAGUAUUUACUUUUUGGUAGCCAACCCUGGAUGUUCAGUGGUCAAUUUAAAGUAUUUUGAACUUUUGCUAUUGUUUGUACAUUGACAAAAAAUUACGGUAUAACAUCAUGGAAAUGUUUUAAAUGCCAAUAAAUCAUUGUUAUAAA